AUGUUGCACAAACAUUUGUUGCAAAAACAUUUGUUGUACAAACAUUUUUAUUUUUAUUAUGUUGUUUUGUUCAUCAUCUCAACAACAACAACAUGUUUGGCAAUGCAAAUACCUUGUGGGAAAAGUUUUUUCCCAUGUUUUGGAGAAAAAGAGGGAACAACAAAACAACAAACAAACACAAGAAAACUUUAUGGAAUUACAAUACAUCAAGAUGCUAAAAUUUCUGAUCAAACAUUGCGUACAGCAGCAAAAGAAGCACAUGAAGAAACUGAUGUUUUGUAUAAUGAAUCGGGCGUAAAACAAUUGUUGGAUUCGAGAAACCCAUUGUCUGCUUCAUUAAUGCAAUAUAGUAGGAUGCAUCCACUAACUGAGCGAGGAAAGCUGUUUAGUCAAUAUGCUUAUGUUGCACUUGCUUUAAGUCGCCGUCUUUCCCAAAAAAUGACAUCGACAACAAUGCAGGGAACGGCUGCUUCAGUUCCAUCACACACACUUUUAUUACAUUCUCCAGGGCUGUUGGCACGAGUUAAAAAUAGUACAUCACUUGGCAAAGAAUGUCCAACAGAUGCAGAGGCACAUUGCCCAACUAGUAGUUCACAACUUUUUCGUUCACUUUCUGGUCAGUGUAACAAUGUUCGUCGCCCAUUUAUCGGUGCAGCAGGCCAACCAUUAUCACGCCUUUUUCCUUCUCCUACUUAUGCUGACAAUGGAUUGGAACCAAGAAGACAAAUUUCUCAGUUUGGAGGAGGAAGUGAUGCUGGGGGUGGUGGAGAAUUGCCUUCUGUUCGUCAAAUUUCUUUAGAACUUUUUCAAAAUCCAAAAGAAACAAAUCCUUUUGGAGUAAACGAAAUUGUUGCUUAUUGGCUAUAUUUUGUUGGAUCUGAUUUGGUUAAUAUUGCACCUAAUCAAUGUUUAAUUAAAGGAACUUCUGUUGCUUUUCCUUGCUGUACUCCUGGUUUUGCCCAUGCUGAUUGUGAUCCUAUUGAUAUACCUUCUAGUGAUCCGAUAUAUGGACCAGCUCAUAUAACCUGUAUUCCACAUUCGCGUACUUUACCUGCUCCGCGUGAUCAAUGUGCUUUAGGUCCUAGAGAACAAGCCAACCAUGUUUCAAGCUUUUUAGAUGGAAGUCAAAUAUAUGGAUCUUCUUAUGAAAUAUUGGAACGUCUUAGGGCACCAGGAGAAUCUGGCCGAUUAUUAAUUUCUAAUAACGAAAAUAAUUUGUUGACAUUGGAUCCUUUAAGCAGCGAUUAUUGCCAAUCUCCCGACAAACAAAAACAACGUUGUUUCUUGAGUGGAACUCCGGAUGUAAAUUUACUUGCUGGUAUUACUCUGUUACACACUAUUUGGGUUAGACAACACAAUAAAUUGGCUGAUGGACUUAGAGAAAUGAAUAGGCAUUGGAAUGGUGAUAGAAUAUUUAAUGAAGCUAGACGAAUUGUAAUUGCUCAAAUGCAACAUAUUACUUAUGCAGAAUUUUUGCCAAUAUUAUUGGGAAUAGAUGCUGUCAGAAAAUUUCAACUUAAUUUAACACCUCCUGGCUCAUUUAGCAGUGAUUAUGAUAUUGAUGUAGAUGCAACAACAUUAAAUGAAUUUGCAACAAUUGUAAUACCUGUCGCCUUUUCAUUACUUCAAUCUAUUAAUAAUUCAUCCACAACAACAACAACAAAUUUAUUUAAUAAUCCUUCUCGUCUAUAUGAACAACAAGGAGUUGAGCAACUUGUUAGUGAAUUGCAUAGUCGACAAGCUGAACGUCCCGGCCUUAAAAUUGAUUUAAACUUUCGUGGCCAUUUUCUUCAAUCAAACACUGCUAAUGUUGGAUUAGACUUGAUAUCUAUUGCUCUUAAACAAGAACGGGAUCAUGGCCUUCCAAGUUAUAAUUUAAUGAGGGUUAAUUGUGGACUUGAAAAGUUACAAUCAUUUGGAGAAAUGCGUUUAAUAUUAAUUAAUGAAUCUGUAGCUGAUCAAUUGGCUACAAUUUAUGAACAUGUUGAUGAUAUUGACUUACUUGUUGGUGUAUUAGCUGAACGUCCAUUAAAAGGAGCAUUUUUAAGUCAAACAUUAAGUUGUAUUAUUGGACGUCAAUUUCAACGAACAAAAAUUGGUGAUCGUUAUUGGUAUGAAAACUUUUUUGCUCCAUCAGCAUUUAGUGAAGAACAAUUGGCACAAAUUAAGAAAACUACUUGGGCUAGAGUGCUUUGUAAUGUAACAAACAUUAAACAAAUUCAACUUUCAUCAUUUUUACAUUCUGAUAUUUUUGAAAAUACUCCUUUACCCUGUGAAUCAUCAAUUCUUCCAAAUUUUGAUUUGGAACCUUGGCGUGAUCCAGAAUCACCGUUACGUUUACCUAUAACUGAUGAAACUAUUAAAAAAGUUGUACAAUUGGCAGAAUUAAAUUUACAGGAACAAAGACGUAGAGAAGCUAGAAAUAUACAAAAAAAUCAAUCAACUCUACGUUUUGGUGAUCCUCUGUUUGCUUAUUCUAAUAUGAUGCGUGCUAAACCACAUUCAAAAGCACAUGCACGUGUUUCAGCUAUUUUGCUUGAAUCAACUCGAAUAUUUGCUAGCGGUCAAAAAUUGGUAGAUGGUGAACAAUUACCUUCCCUUGAUAUUGAUUCACUUCAACGUUUAUUACCAAAUAUUGAAGUUGGUCGUUUUGUUUCAAAUUAUACAGCUUUUCUAAGUGAAGAUGGACAAGCUACUAAAGACGAUUGUUUACCUAGAUUAUUGCCUUGUGAUCAUUCAAGUCGUUAUCGAACAUUUUCUGGGUGGUGUAAUAAUCUUAAAUAUCCACACUAUGGAAAUGCCUUUACACCUUUACGACAUUUACUCCAUCCUGCUUAUGAUGACGGUUUUGAUGCUCCAAGAAGUCGUGCUAGAAGUGGUCGUCCAUUACCUUCACCUAGACGUAUAUCUAAUGCUGUUCAUAUUGAUAGAGAAAUUGUACAUGCAAAAUUUACACAUAUGGCAAGUUUUUAA